UCUGCCCAGGGUUCAGGACUCCGCUGCCACUUCCUGGCUGAGUCACCUUGGGCAGGUGACUUCACUUCUCUGAGCCUCCGUGUUCCCUGCCUGAAGUAUGGGAAUCUUAAUGGAGAUAAGGACUGGAUACGUUAAUGCAUUCAGAGCAGCACUUGGCACCUGAAGCAUCUGAUAAGCGUAUGGCUAUUAUUAUUACUGAAAAGAACUUCCGAGUGUUAUUUCUAGAGGUGAGUGCUAGGUGGAUGCUCCUUCAAUAGAUGAGGAGGCUGAGGCUCAAAGAGAGGAUGCCACCUGCCCAGGGUCCCAGGCAAGUACCUAAAACACAUGAUUUUCAGUGAGGACGGCGAAUUUCCAAAUGUAGAUUCUCAGCCUUCAGGGGCCACUUUGACCUUGACGCUGGAUCCUUUGAGCGGGUUCUGGUCUUGGGACGGAGUUCCCAGGGCCAGAGAGUCCGGAACAGCAGAAAGAAACAAGGCCGUAGGAAAUGCCAAAAAGCAGGGAGGAGAGCUGUCAAGAGGGCAAAGGUCAAGGGUCAUUCCAAGAAGCUCUGGGAAAGUUAGCAGAAGGAAGAGGUCCAAGAAAACAGGGCGCAGGGUGAUGAAGGAGACUCAGAAGCGCAGCGUCAUUGGGAGGAGAACGUGUCCUAAGUGCCAGGAAUGCAGGCAGGGAGGGUGGCAGCUGGCCCAGCCACGCCCCUUCCCAGCUGGAACCCUUGGGGGGCUGGACACCUGGUUGUCCUUGCCGCAGGGGACGGACAGGAAACUGGGCCCGGGCAUGGCAGACUCAGGCGUGCUCCGUGGCCAGCCUGUGUCAUGCUGCUCCGGACCCAAGGUGGCAGCUCUCACUGUGGGGACCGUGCUGCUCCUGACAGGCAUUGGGGCAGCGUCCUGGGCCAUUGUGACCGUUCUACUCAGGAGUGAUCAGGAGCCGCUGUAUCCAGUGCAGGUCGGCCCCGGGGAUUCUCGGCUCACCGUGUUUGAUGAGACGGAGGGCACGUGGCGCCUGCUGUGCUCCUCGCGCUCCAACGCCAGGGUGGCAGGGCUCAGCUGCGAGGAGAUGGGCUUCCUCAGGUACUGGGGUGCCCCUGGGGGCGGGGGGGGGCCGGGAGGGCGGGGGGCUGCAGGCCUGACCCCUGCCCCGCCCAGGUCACUGACCCACUCAGAGCUGGAUGUGCGGACUGCGGGCGCCAACGGCACGUCGGGCUUCUUCUGUGUGGAUGAGGGGAGGCUGCCGCAGGCCCGGAGGCUGCUUGAGGUCCUCUCCGUGUGCGACUGUCCCAGGGGCCAUUUCCUGGCAACCACAUGCCAAGACUGCGGCCAUAGGAAGCUGCCCGUGGAUCGCAUUGUGGGCGGUCAGGACACCAGCCUGGGCCGGUGGCCGUGGCAAGUCAGUCUUCGCUACGACGGAGCACACCUCUGUGGGGGAUCCCUGCUCUCCAAAGACUGGGUGCUGACAGCCGCCCACUGCUUCCCCGAGCGGAACCGGGUCCUGUCUCGAUGGCGAGUAUUCGCCGGUGCUGUGGCCCAGACCUCACCCCACGGCCUGCAGAUGGGGGUGCAGGCGGUGAUCUACCAUGGGGACUAUCUCCCCUUUCGAGACCCCAACAGCGAGGAGAACAGCAAUGAUAUCGCCCUGGUCCACCUCUCCAGCUCCCUGGUCCUCACAGAAUACAUCCAGCCCGUGUGCCUCCCGGCUGCCGGCCAAGCCCUGGUGGACGGCAAGAUCUGCACGGUGACAGGCUGGGGCAACACGCAGUACUACGGCCAACAGGCUGGGGUGCUCCAGGAGGCCCGAGUCCCCAUAAUCAGCAAUGAUGUCUGCAAUGGCCCCGACUUCUACGGAAACCAGAUCAAGCCCAAGAUGUUCUGUGCCGGCUACCCUGAGGGUGGCAUUGACGCCUGCCAGGGUGACAGUGGUGGCCCCUUCGUGUGUGAGGACAGCAUCUCUCGGACGCCACGCUGGCGGCUGUGUGGCAUCGUGAGCUGGGGCACCGGCUGUGCCCUGGCCCAAAAGCCAGGCGUCUACACCAAAGUCAGUGACUUCCGGGAGUGGAUCUUCCAGGCCAUAAAGACUCACUCCGAAGCCAGCGGCAUGGUGACCCAGCUCUGACCUGCGGCUUCUGCUCGCUGCGCUCGCCUCCAGGGCCCAAGCUGAUCCAGGUGGCUCCAGCCCCUCAUGAUGGGGUUCACCCUGGGCCUGGGAUAGAACAUUUUUCUUCUUGGGCCCAGCCCACAGGUCCAAGGAUACCCUCCCUCCAAGGUCCUCUCUUCCACAGUGGCGGGCCCACUCAGCCCUGGCAUCACCCGAGCCUCACCCUCCUGACCCCCAUGUAAAUAUUGUUCUGCCAUCUGGGGGCCCCUAUCUAGUGCCCCUGAUGACAGGAUGCUCUUUAAAUAAUAAAGAUGGUUUUGAUUAA